UGGUCUGUGUGUGGGAGAAGGAGCCGUCAGCUCUGCGGGGUAGACUCUCGUUCUAACCCUGUUCAAAGUAAAGACCGAGAAAAAGAGGCAACGGUUCCUCGUGAACGGGACGGGAGAUGGAUAACAGUAAACGGGCUGUGGUCGUUACAGGUUUCGGGCCAUUUGGAGAGCACACUGUCAACGCCAGCUGGGUAGCAGUACAGGAACUGAAGAAGCUCGGGCUGGGCAGUGAUGUGGAUUUGCAUGUACACGAGGUUCCUGUUGAGUACCAACAAGUCCAGAGUUUGGUUCCUUCAUUAUGGAAGCAGUAUCAUCCACUGUUGGUAGUUCAUGUUGGAGUUUCGGGUAUGGCCACAACUGUCACGCUGGAGAAGUGUGGAAGAAAUCAUGGUUACAAGGGCCUGGACAACAGCAGCUUCUGCCCCGAUUCACAGUGCUGCGUUGUUGGAGGCCCAGACUGCAUCAACUCGAUCAUUGACAUGGAAUCGGUCUGCAAAAGAGUGAAUGCAUCAGGGCUGGGAGUAGCCGUGUCUGUCUCCAGAGAUGCCGGGAGGUAUCUCUGUGAUUUUACCUACUACACCUCUCUGUACCUGAGCCACGGCCGCUCUGCCUUUAUUCAUGUGCCUCCUCUUGGAAAGCCUUACAGUAAAGAAGACCUGGGUCGUGCACUGCAGGCCGUCAUCCAGGAGAUGCUGGAGCUUAUGGACCAAGCUGAGGGGAAGAUUCACUGCCAACAACACUUCCACUAAGUGACCUCCAUAUACCAACUAGCCUCUCCAGCUCUUACCACACAAGAGAAAUUGCACUUAAUCACAAGUAGCCAAACCUCCCCCCCCCUUUUUUUAAACUGUAUCUUUAAUUGGUAAUAAUGACACUUCACAGUAUAAUCUGCUUUCAAAGUUUGUCUUGCUUCUUGCUUCUUGCUUUGCUAGGCCUGAUUCUGUUACAGUCUCAUUGUAACGUAAGCUUUAAAAGAACUGGAAGCAUUCUGACAUUGGAGCAAAAUGUGAGGAAAAACCAGAUAAACACAGGAGCAAAAUGCUGCUUGUGUUGUUCACAUGCGGACGCAGCAAGUGGUCUCUAAUGUGGCAGAUAUUAUAACCUGUAACCCCAAAUGUGACUCCUAAUAAUGCACCUUAUAGGGGUAGGGUUAUUAAAAUUAUUAUAGAAGACACAUUUGGGGGAAACUGUAAUCAUAAUGGUUCUUUCUCUGAUUUUUUUUUUCUUACUUGGUCACAAUAGGUUUCACGUAGCACACAUAAAAGUCUGCAUUAUGGAUUAAUAUGAAACAUCCAGCAGUAAACUGCUCAUUUUAUUUUCCUUCACAUAUUCUCCUCUCUGUAUUCUAAAGCUUAUCUGUGCUUUUCUCAUUUAUAUUGAAUUGUUUUCUUGAGUCCUUUUUCUUUAUAAGAAGUUGUAAAUUUGCCUUCUUUGACAAAGGUUAUUUAAAUCAGGGAACGGGUUGGUUCCAGCUCACAUUUCCCCAGUUUGUCGACCCAGUUCUGACAGAAACACCCCCUUCUUUCCACCCCCCACCCCCACUGAGAUCUGGCCCCGGGAUGUGCAAUGUUACUUCACAGAUCUCAUUCAUUGAUUCAGUGGGAUAAUUAUGUCAUACAUCAAGGCUGCACAACUGGAUUUUAACUGUAGAAAGUCUGUAUUAAACUGUAACAGAUGAGUUAUAUAGAGUGAAGUAGUUCAUAUCAUGUAGCCUUGUUGUUAAAGCGCACUUUGGGCAUGACUCUCCCAGACUCACUGGAUGGUGAAAUAGUGACACUUGCUGUGAUUUGUGUCUGAGGAUGCCUGCUGGCUUUGACAUUGCAUAUUUUAUCUUAAACCUUUUGGAAAUCAUUCUUUUGUGGUUGUGCAGCUCUAACUGUUUCCUUGAUUAACUUUCUGUCGUUCCUGUCAUUAAAUCAGGUGUAGCUGCUUAUUUUAUCUGAGAAUCUGAUUUGAUGAAGUUGGACUUGGCUUUCAGUCAGAAUUGGGCCUCCUGUCUUUUCUGUAGCACUUGGUUUCUUUCUUUUCUUGUGUAUUUCAGUUUUACUUGAUCUGGAAUUUGGACAGCAUUUCUCAAGCAAUGUGAAAGCUUCUGUUUUGUUUUUAUUUUCUGUCACUUUAACUUGUGUAGCUUUCUAGACCUCCAUUGUCAACCCUUUUCCUCACGGUGAUUAUGACGUAGAGCAGGAAUGCAUGGCGAUGGCAGUAACACUCCCAGAGUAAAAGCUCUUUUUUUUCUUUUUUAAAAAAAAAUUUGGAUUGUGUUGUGUUUUGUCAUCUCGAUCACUCCCUGGCUCCUGAGAAUCUGACUGCCUACACCUAACACAGCUUCAGUUCAAGUCAUUUUGGCCUGUAAUCAUUUAUAUACUGCUAAAUACAGUGUUCAUGCCCCAACGAUAGAUCUGCAGUGGUGUGAAAACGUGUUUGCUCGCUUCCUUUUUUUUUGUAUGUUUGUCACACUUAAAUGUUUCAGAUCAUCAAACAAAUUUAAAUAUUAGGCAUAGAUGACCCAACUAAAUGCAAGAUGCAGUUUCUAAAUGAAAGUGUUCAUUAUUUAGGGGAACCUACAUGGCCCUGUGUGGGGAAAAGUGAUUGCCACCCAAACCUAGUAACUGUUUGGGCCACCAUUACUAGAAACAACUGCAAUCAAGCGUUUGCAAUAACUGGCAAUGAGACUUU